GUGGUGAACCCGUCCGAGGAAGUGAUGGAGGUGGUGUUUUUAGGGGUGAUGUGAUGGAAAAAGCGGGUGUGGGAGGGGGCGGGCACGGGCUGGUGAUGGGGGUGGAGGAGUCGAUCGUGGUGAAGCAUGCGAGAGAGGUCAGCAAGGGGCAUGUCGGGUUCGUGGGCGAGGGCGGUUGCAAGGUCUUUGUGGCAUACUCGUUUGAUGCGGGAGAUGAACGCAAAGUCGGGAAUGAGGUGGCGGAGGGAGUGGACGUAUUGGACGAAGCGGUCCGUGAGACCGGUCUGGCGGAGGUGGCAGAAUUGUUCAAGGUAGUCAUCAAUGGUUUUCUGGGGGCGGAAGGUGGCAGCGAGAAGGUUGGCCCAUUGGAGGAGGGAGUGACGUGGUCCUCCGGAGGCUCGGCGGUUGCUGACUUUGGCCAUCCACCAUUUGGCGGCGUUGCCGAGGAGGCGGGAGGUGGCAAUGGGGAGCCAGUGGGCAAGGGGCAUGUGGUGGAGGUGAAAAGAGUUUUGCGGGGGAGGGUUGAGGAGGAAGGGUUGGUGGAUAUGGUGGUUAAGGUGGUAGGAGUGGAGGAGGUCCGCGGGGGGGUGUUGCUGGAGGCGGCUGUGGAGGAGGGAGUGGUCUACGCUGUGGAGGAGGGAGGUGUGGCCGUGGUGACGACCAUGAUGGAGGGGUUGUUCCCUUUGAGCGUGGUGACGCGGUCGGAUAUGGACGAUAUGGGGGCCUUUAUGUCGUUGAGAGAGGCGGUGACGGAGGUUUGGAGGGUGUUGAGUGUGUGGAGGAUGUCGGAGAGGUCGGGGGUGGCGGUGUUUGCUGGUGGUUGUUCGCCUGCGAAGUUGCUGGCGAUGCUAUCGACCAAGUCGGUGCGGAUGUUAGACAUGUUGAUGGAGGAUGCGCCCUUGUCGGGGGAAGAGGGGGUGGAGGACGCGGUCGGCACGGAUGUGGAGGCUGUAGCAGCAGCGGUGGCGGCGACGGCGGCGGCGCCACGUUGAAAGUUCUUGUUUGGUGUGGUGGCAUGUGGAGGUGGGGGGGGCAAUCCCUUAUUUAUUUAUCAAUAAAUUCAAAGUUAAAGA